AUGAAACGAUCUGAAAAAAAAAGUGUUGAAAAAAGUCGUCAAGAGUCUCACAAACAAACUUCUUCACAGGAAUUUGAUUCUGCAGCUUCCGGUUCCAGUUCUAACAAAACUCAAAAACAAGCGUCGAAACAGGAUUCCGCAGCUUCCAGUUCCAGUUCUACCAAAACUCAAAAACAAGCAUCGAAACAGGAUUCCGCAGCUUCCGAUUCUGGUUCUAUCAAAACUCAAAAACAAACGUUGAUACCAGAAGCUUCGGAAGAUAAUGGGCCAUUUCGCUUAGUGGAACCAUCCAGCUUGUAUUCGCAACAAAGCAGGAUGGUACCACCAACUCGUAAUAUAACCAUACAUGGGGAAUUAACGCCCAUUACACGCACAGCCGAACCAUAUAGGAGCAAUGUACAUAGGGAAUUAACGCCCAUUACACACACUACUGAACCGUAUAGGAGCAAUGUACGCACCGCCGAACCAUAUAGGAGAGAAUCAACGCCAAUUAUAUGUGAACCUUAUAGUAGUAAUUGGACUAGAGAUGUAAAUGUCAGGAAAAUGACAGCUUGCGUUACCGACAUUCAUCUGACCUUCAAGAUAUCGAAUUUGAAGAGGAUUAGCGACCAACAAAGCGUAGGAAAGGAAAAAAUACAGUGCGCGAUUCUUGGAGAUGAAAUGGAAGUAGAUGAAGAAGAAGCUAGGGCUGAGAUGAAGACGAUUCUAAAAACUUUUCUAAUUGAACUAGAAUUAAUAUACGAUGAAAAGUUUAGCAACAAAGAUAAUUGUCGUCUACAUCGAAACAAUCGGUUAAAUGAGAAAAAAGCAUGGCGAGUUAAAGGCGCAAAAUCGCUUUUCGACAAAAAUGACGAAAAACUGGAGAAUUAUGAUCAAAAAGAACUUUUGAAUGUUUUAAGCGACAACCGAUAUUACUCUCCAGAGUAUUUUGAAUCGGAUGAGGAGCAACUAGACAGUAAAAAACAUAUCAAUGUUUAUAAUCCGUCUUGGAAAUCUGAAGAGGUUCAAUAACUUAUUUGUCGUAUUUUUAUUUUUUAUUUUUUAUUUGUUUUAUUUUUUUCGUAAUAGGAUUGAUUUUUUUUCUAAUAAUAGUUAAUAGAUUUAUUACGAAAUAUCUUGGAC